GCAUGUGUAAGGUGACGAAGGCUCUCACCUGUAUUGAGAAUCUCAAGACAUUUGCUGCACUCCAAGACUCUUCAGAAAACUGGGAGGACUUCACCUGUCUGAAGGUACAACAGGCUGAGACUUGCAUCUCAGAGUACAUGAAGGAGUGUGACAGCAAUGUCAAGUUCACCCUUGACUAUCAGCUGAGCAAGGUGGUUCGAUUCAUGGAGGCCGAGAGAUGCAGGAAAGUGGACACCACUCAGAACUGUGUCGACAUCCUCCGCAAACGCAUGGAGGACAUCAUCAGCUACGACCCCAAGAAUGCCAGCAACACAAGAUGUCUAAUCCCUGGCAUGACAGCUCCUGACAGCCUUAAGCUGGAAGAAUGCCGACUCAGCAUCACAUGUGACAAUGGGUUUGUGGCACGGCCCCGAGCAGCUGACGUAGAUGACGGCACAGUCCUGGGGUUCACCAACUGGACCUGUGUUCCAGAGUGUAGUGAUGGCGCCAAGCUCAAACUGGUAGAAGAGCAAAAGGGAUCUCGUGAAUCUGGGAAUGAUGAUAGCAAGAAGUCUUGGCAGUGUGUUAAAGAUAAGAAUAGCAAGGAGAGUGGAAAGAAUAGCAAGGAGAGUGGAAAGAAUAGCAAGGAGAGUGGAAAGAAUAGCAAGGAAGGUAAGAAUAGCAACUGGUGCAAAGAAUAGCAAAGAAGCUGGAAAGAAUAGCAAAGAAGCUGGAAAGAGUAGCAAAGAAGCUGGAAAGAAUAGCAAGGAAGCUGGAAAGAAUAGCAAGGAAACCGGAAAAGAAACUGGAAAGAAUAGCAAGG